UACGCGCAGUUACGGCGAGGGGUUUGCUCGGGAAUAAAAUAGGCACCCCUGGUCCGCGCGGGCCUUAGAGUCAAAUUGUCUCCCGGCCUGGUACCUUGAGCUGUUGGGCUAUGUUCCCUAUCUCCUGCUUUGCUCUGGUGAUGACGCGCGGAUUCUUGCUGCUCUUUCUCGUCGCGGUUCAAGCCGCCGCGGAUCCCGUGAAAUUUGAGAAACGCGAAUUGGUCAUGGACUGGGAUAUUCUAAAGCAGCUGACUGCGCUGACCGUUGUCAUAAAAGAGUUGGUCGACGAGGCCAAAAGGACCCAGUUUCAAAUGUUGCUGUUGAGAGAGUCGGUCAGAGCCGUUUCUGAAAAUGAACAUGCGUCGGACGAGUUUGAGUUGCUGCUGCAGCAAAUUUUGGAUUCAACCACGAAUUACAAAAAAUCGAAAGAACCUUACGAGGAAAUGCUCCCUGAGGUGAUUGAAGGAAGCAACCUGCUGCGAAAAGGUUUAAGUGCGGCGAUUAAAAAGCUGGACGAUUUUAAAAAUGAGUUCCAACAUAAAAAGUGCGAUAUUGCCCGAUCUUCAAUUUUCAAUGUUCUGUCCAACGGCAAAAAGUACAUAUUUUCAUUUCCCGUCAAAGUUACUUGGAGUGUGGCUAAUAAAAGUUGUGACGUCAUGGGACUUCACUUGGCCACCUUGAGAAACCAAAACGACUUGGACGCGGUUUACGACAAAAUAAGGGAAACAUAUGGCAAACGUCUUCAGUGGUGGGUGUCAGGAUAUAACUUUGCAGGAGAUGGGAAUUUUGACUUCCGUUGGCACGACGGAACUUAUUUGGACGAAAAUAGCGACUUGUGGAUGAUGGACACCAAGAAAAAAGGCAACUGUGUCGAUCUUUGGACUGGAAAUGACGUUAAUAAAUUAUACGCAGGCAUUUGUCACCAGCCAAGAUACUUCAUCUGCGAGUUGCCAACGUAUUGCUAUUAACAGGCUCAGCUCAAAAUGAAUUUAAGCAACUUUUACUUUGACUUACUUUUGAAUAAAUUUAAUUUUUAUGCCAUACAUGAAAAUAAAAAUUCACAGAUGAGA